AAAACUAAAUAAACCAAUUUGCUUUUAUCUCUUCUUCUGUAUUGCCUUCCCAUUGGGUGAUAAAUGUGUCAACGAAUGGUUUCACUAUUUUUCCUGUUUUUGAGAGGCUAUCCACUCUAGUCCAGCUUUCAAUGUAUACCAUUCUUGGGUGUGGCAAGCCAAUAAAUUUGGCUACCCAGACGGCACAUACGAGUGGUAUUGACGUAGCUGGACCGUUCAUGAUGAGCAAAUCACCGAGCUGUGGUUGUGGGAGAUCACCAACCGAAUUGUUUCUGCCAGAUGGGUUUGAAGGUGAGGAAAUAUCACUUGGUGGGAGUAUAGCUAAUACUAUGGCCUGGAAGAAAGUGAUGAAAAAAUUCAAGGGAACUGAAGUGAUAGAUUGUCCAGGUGUGCGUGUUCUGUGGAGGUAGCUUAUGUCAUAGUAACCUGCGCUGGACCAUUCCAACAUCGCGUCGGCUGAGCGUUUGUUCUCGAGUGUUCUAACUUUCGUAGUAGAAAGACUAUCGCCAGAGCUGAUCAAGUAUAAUCUAGGGGAGAACUUUAUGAAGUCUAGUGCGUCUAUUAUUUGUAGCAACUCGCUAGUGUGUCCACCUGAACCAAGGAAUAACGAGAUAGCAACUUUCUCUUUACCAAUUGGAGGCUUAUUGCUAUAAAAGUGCUUAUAAACAGUUAGAGUACAUUUGAAAAUUAAAAAUGUCGUUAAUGCUGCAAAUAUCGAAACGUAGUUCACCAUUGUAGACAACAACGAUGCCAGCAACUUUAGAAACCAUAAGACCAGGCGACGGUGUAAACAAGCCACAACCAGGUAACACUAUCACUAUGCACUACCACGGUACCCUCGAGGAUGGCAGUGUAUUUGACAGCUCAUACAGAAGAGGACAACCAUUCUCAUCCCCAAUUGGUGUUGGUAGAUUGAUCAAAGCAUGGGAUCAAUGUGUCCCUCAAAUGACAAAGGGUGAGAAAGCCAUCAUCACAGCAACCCACGAUGUCGCAUAUGGUGAGACCGGAUUCCCACCAGUUAUCCCAGCACGUGCUACCCUCAAGUUUGAAGUCGAAUUGAUUGAUUUCAAGUAAUGUUUUGUAGUAAUAUUGGUUAGGCAAAAAUUAGAUUGUCUAUCCAGCGAUCUGUUGAAUUUUAUGAGAUUUCACUAGA